AAAAAAAUACAUAUUAUCAACACCGAAUCUCAAACACAACCUCUCUUCAUCUUUUUGUUUCCUCCAAGAAUCUGAAUCUGCUUUACUAUUGUGUAAUCAUGAUGAACAUCGACGAUACGACGUCUCCAAUGGCCCACCCGAUCGGUCCAUCUCAGCCUCUUUCCGACCAAACCAAACAAGAUCCGCCAAGUUUGCCCAGCGAAGCAGCUUCUUAUGUUUCCGACAGGAAAGAUCUAGCUUUGCCUGAAGAGAAACCUAAACAGAAUCAAGAAGAAGAGAGAGUGGACACUGGGAGAGAGAGGUUAAAGAAGCACCGGAGAGAGAUCGCCGGUAGGGUUUGGAUACCUGAGAUAUGGGGACAAGAAGAGCUUCUUAAGGAUUGGAUCGACUGUUCAACGUUUGACACAUGUCUAGUCCCUGCCGGAAUAUCGUCUGCACGUGCUGCUCUCGUAGAGGAAGCUAGGCGAGCUGCUUCAGCUUCUGGUGGGUUACAUAAUCGUUGCUUGAUCUUACGCUGAAUCUAAUAUAAUAAGAUACAUACUUAUAAAUGUGGUUCUUGUUCCUCAAUAAUAAUAUAAGGCACUAUUGUUACAUUGUUGAUAUAUUCUCACUCAUUUUACUCAUAACUUUAUAAACAUUGCAAGUUGCU